AUGUCCAGAACCGCAAUCACAAAUGUCCUAGUCUUUGAUGGCGAGACUGUCAGCGGUCCCAGAACGAUUGUUAUCGACGGCGCCCAUAUCAGUGAUGGCACCGGAAGUGAAGGUGCGGAUAUCAUAGUCGAUGGCAGCGGCUGCACUCUACUUCCAGGGUUGAUUGAUUGCCACGUACACAUUGACAAUGUGAAGCAGCUGGCCGUGUGUGCAAACUAUGGUGUUACCACCGUAUGUGACAUGGCAUGUUGGCCGAUGGAAAAAUACCAUAGGCUCCAUUCAGCUGACUGGCCUACUACCUGGCUUGGUGCCGGUCUCCCAGCAUUUGCAGAAAAGUCAACACAUGGAAAGUUAUUGAAAUUCGUGGGUGUGAGUAUGGACAAGGCCAUACAUGACGGGGAGGGCGCUGCAAGAUUUGUUCAGGAGAGGGUAUCCGAAGAUGUUGACUACAUCAAGAUUAUUGCAGAUACCCCAGGAAUCAAACAAGAGCAUAUGGACCGGAUUCAGGAGGAGGCGACCAGAUAUGGCAAGAUGACGGUGGCGCAUGUGGCGCAAUAUGAGGCAUUUGCCAGGGGGCUGUCUGCAGAUUUCAACAUUCUGACACAUACGCCGAUGGACAAAGCAUUGGAUGCAGAUCUUGUAGACAAGAUGAUUACCCAGAACACUGUCGCUGUGCCGACGCUGACCAUGAUGGAAACCUUCUCGAAAAGCUGGGUUAUGUGGCUUAUCCAAGGCAACAUGAACUUCCAGAACGCACUGGACAGCGUGGCCGCUAUGCAUCGAGCUGGAGUGCCAAUUCUUGCCGGAACUGAUACCAACAGCAAUCCAGGAAUGAGCGUUCAGCCUGGAGCAUCGCUUCAUCAUGAACUUGCACUUCUAGUUCGAGCUGGGCUAAGUCCUCUUGAGGCUCUUAGAUCCGCGACAAGCUUAGCGGCACAGCACUUCCAUCUCGAAGAUCGAGGGAGGAUAUCGCCGGGCUUGAAGGCAGACCUUGUUCUAGUUGAAGGCAACCCAGCGGAAGAAAUCACUGCGAUUUGUGAUAUCAAGAAAGUUUGGAGUACCGGGAAAGUGGUCGAACCGGUUGGGGACAGCGGUAACUGCGUGAUAAUGUGA